AUGAGUGGGCCCGUAACCUCUUUUUACUCCGGCCGUGAAGAUUCUUUCUCUGCAAGUCACCGGGGAUCCAUGCCAGACGCGCAGACGGAUGCCCGGACCAUGGUAGACCUCUUUUCCAAGAGAAAUUUCUCCAAAAUCGAGCUGGUCGCACUGGCUGGUGCGCACACCAUUGGCCGCCAACUCGACGGCACGGACAUGGACAGCACCGCUGGCGUAUGGGAUAAUAAAUUCUAUACCGAGACAUCGGGGAACUCCGCACCAGGGUCGGUGGCUGCUGAUACUUUCAUGGCCCAAGCUAGAGAGACCGGUGAGGAGUGGAGGACUGUGGGAAAAACUCAAAAGAGCUUCAUGCGUGCAUUUCUUCCUGCAAUGGAGAAGCUCAGUCAGUUGGGGAACAACAAGAGUGGACUGGUGGACUGUUCAGCCGUUGUGAAGUCAUAUGCUCACAAAGCCAAGGUGCAGAGGGUGCUCGUGAAGGGUAGGAGGUGUUAA